GCCGUACCAUAGUCCGCGAUUGGCGGAACAGCUUCGAUCGCGCCUCUUCGCAACGUCACAUGAAAUUUGAAAACGGAAGUUUACGGAAGUAGCGAAUAGCGAAAGGGAAAUCCCAAAACACAACACUGCUGACUGCUGUAUCACUGUUGUGUGUGUAACUGUUUCGUGUGUUUUAGUUUCCGAGGGGCAAUCCAACAAGCUGGAACUCGAUACGACACAGCAAGAAUGUCUGUUGUAAGCUUGAGGACUCAGAUUCGGGAGGAUCAUCUUACGUGCUCCAUAUGUUGCGAGGAAUUCAAAAACCCGAAGGCUCUUCCGUGUUUACACACUUUCUGCGCAAAUUGUUUGAGAGACUACGUGGUGGGAAGAGGUUAUGAAUCUGUGGGUAGCUUUCCCUGCCCAGUCUGUCGAGCGAAUACACAACUGCCUGCUACAGGGGUGGAUGGCUUUCCAAAUAACCACCUUAUGUCCUCGCUUUCCCAUACAAUGGACAGUGCAAACGGGCGACCUGUGCCUAAACCACGCCGGUCUCUCGGCCAGAACCCUCCCCCACAGUCCACGACGAUGAAUCAGGAAAUAAGGCACAAUACCAAUACAAACAUUAACGUAGAUGCUCCUGCCAUGAACUACAGACCUGAAGACAACAUGUCACUACCACCACCGUACUCCAGUGUGGCGGACACAAACCCUGCAGCUGAUUCUGUAAAUGUGGUGGAUACUUCAUCCUGGGAUGCCCCACAGAAGUCUAAGGUUUGUUCAAAUGAUAAUGACCCGAGCUGGAUGGUGGUGCCUCGAGAACAACCUGCCACAGUUGUGGAUCCAGUUUCUCCCGGAGACUUCUGCGUUGUGUCGGUCACUCAGCCCAGUAACAUGUCUACAGGUGGAGGCGGUGGAAGUGCGUCUUUUGCACCACAGCCACCGGGGUUUGGGUGGAAUUUAGGUGCUCUAGACCAAGUUCCCAUGAACUCAGGGGUGCCAACGCCGACUCAAAGAGGACCCGAGUUCAACACUGCUAGAACAGUCAACACUCAUGACCCUGCCAUGGCUGUGAAUCCACAGAGCUGGCCCAGCAGACCUAACCCUCCCGUACCGGCCCAGUCAGCGCCGCCUCUGUAUCCUACAGUACCGCAAGGGUCAGAGUUUUCAUCUACGGCUUGCACAGAGAACCUCAUGCUUCGAUUUGGUAAACAAGGAUCCAGCGUGCGGGACUUCUUCAAGCCUGUGGGUCUGACAGUGAGCAAGGAAGGAUGUUACAUUAUUUCUGACAACGGGGGAGAGCAGAGUAGAAUUUUUAUCUAUAACAGUGGUGGGGAACUGACUGCUGCUUUCAAAACUGGCUACCGUGUCAAAGAUGUUACUAUGACGAAGAAAAAUGAAAUAUUUGCUGCUGUUCAGAGCAACACAGCAGCUUUCCGUCACUUCACGCUGGGAGGCCAGCUGAAGGGGGAGUAUGGGAAGUUCUUUACAUACGAAGCACCGUGUGGAAUUGCUGUGUUGAGUUCAGGCGGAGCCGUGGUGACAGGGACUCAGAAUCACUCUGUUUAUGUUUUGACCGAUCAAAUGAAACUGGCCACGAAAUUUGGACGUAAGGGAAAUGGAGACGGAUAUUUUUUGUCACCUGCUCACGUAGCGGUGGAUUCUAAAAAUCACAUCAUCGUCACGGAUAAACAGAACAAUUCGGUGCAGGUGUUUAACGCGGAGGGAAAAUUUAAACUGCGGUUCAACGCGACAAGAAGUGGUCAGCUUCAAGCACCACUCGGCGUAUGUACGGAUAACAAAGACAAUAUCAUUGUAGCCGAUAGUGGAAACGGGAAAGUGGAAGCGUUUUCUUCGCAUGGUCGCUGGCUGAGCACUGUGGUGAGGAACACCCAUGAACUUGGCGAAAAAGUGAAACCAGUGAACGUGGCCGUGACCCCAACAGGAAAAGUGGCUGUGUUGCUGAGAGGGCCAUAUUUUGCAGAGGUGCGGGUGUACACAUCCCAUCAUCAACAAAUCUCCCAGGAGGAAGGCCCUUCUCCUUGCCUGAAGAUAAGAAGAUCCUGUCGCUGAAUGCAACAUCCCUGCAUGGGUAUCGAGUUCUUCAUUGUUAAUCAUACUCAUCACCAUUCCUGAUUCUUCCCGCACCGACCAUCCCCAUCUGAUCAUGAUCUCUGAGUGCAGUGCUGAAAUUUUCAUCAUGUUAUAAUAUUCCCCCACCGUAAGCGAUUUUUGAUACGGUAAAUAUGUUUAAUGCGUGAUAUUAAAUUGUCAUAUUACAAAAUGACUUAAUACUUUAUGGGUUUUUUCCGAGAGCUUUGGGUACAUGGCAAGGUUUGGUAAAAUAGUGACCCAAAAAUUUGCCGACAACUCUACAUUAUUGUAUGAGUUUUGACAUCAGACGAACCAGUAGAUAGGGGUACAGUGUGCGAGUAAGAGCAAAACCUUGUUGGAGUAAAAUCUUUGUUGAUCAAAGGCACAAGACAAUAUAAUAUUCAGUUUGUUGGUUUUCCAGGAUUUAAAUCAUUGCUACUUGAGCUAGUAUAGUUAAAGCACUGACAAUAUAGAAAUUGAGGGCGGCUACCACUGUAUAUAAUAUACAUUUAGUUUUUCACUUAACAAGAUUCUCAUAUUUGUCUAUAUUAUGGACUGUGGUAUUAAAUAUUCUUGGACUUCUACAAUAUAAUAUAAUUCAUGCUUUAAAGAAUUUGUUUUGACUAUUGUCAUAAACAUAAGCAAUUUUGGCGUUUGUCAACAAAUUUUUGGGUUUGCUGUUGUUCGAACAAGUUUCACCAUUGCUGGUGUGAGUUUUAUCUAUGUCUUCUGAAAGCCAAAAUAAUGAUUGAAAAAGCUUGACCGUAAGAAGUUGAGGAUAAUAUUUUAACUUUUAUUCUCUCAGAAAGUCUUUUGUCUUUCCAAAUGAAGCAAAAUAAACGAGUUUUGCGUUUGUUUGAAGACGAUCAUUAGUUUUAGUGUUUGACUUUGAUUGAUGUAUUGCUCGAUAAAAUUUUUUGUUGUUGAUUAAACGAUGAAACCAUUUUGCUUUAUUGACAAUGAAUUUGAUCGCGAUCAGUUGCAUCCAUACUAGUAGGAGAACGCAAGUAGAGCUUUUUGAUAAAAUACGAAUCUGCACUCUCACAUAAGCUUAAUCAUAUUAUAUAAUAGUAGUACACAUCCUGUAGGUCUGGGUGGAAUAUUUAACACCUACAAUUUGUUGUUCUCAUAGUGUAGUCUGUGAUGUUCAGAAUCAGGGGGUCCUUUUUCAACAAGCUGGUAUCCUGUUGUCUACUAUCACAUUAUAUUCAUUCAUUACAUUAAUUAGACCUUUAAAAAAAUGUCUGUUAAAAUUUCAUCAAGGUAACACUAUCAGCUGUCACUGUAACUGUAAGUCAGAUGCUGACCAUGGAGCUGGAGUCAAAGCUUGGGGCGGUUCCCCGAUGUCCGAUACGUUUCUUCAUCUUUCAUAAUGGAUACAUUGUACACCUUGCAGUACAACGGUAAGCUCGAGAGACUGGCUCACUCCGAACUCACUGUAUGUUUUCCAAACAGGUCAUGUCUUGACCGUCCAGAAAACUAGCUAUGUGCUCUCUCUACAAACCCGAAACUAAUGAAGAAACUGAUUUUUGUGGGUGAUUUUUUUUUUCAAAUGAAAAAUGCUUGUUCAGUAUGUAUGGCUGCCGCCAUCGUACCAAUUUUCUGCAAAAUUGGACAUGUGUAUAUUGUUUUUCUUUAGACUUGGCUGUGUCAUGUAUACUGACAAUAAUUGGGAGGCGUCGUCGUGAAAUCAGGCACUCGUCAAAAUAAUGAAAUCUAACAAAUCAGCAUUUUUCUGCCUGUUGGGCAAUUUUUAUGCA